UUUAGCUUCUUCACUUUUUCAGCUUUUUCAGUAAAGUAGUUAGCAGCUUUAACAUGGAUGUUUGAUCGGUAUCGGCUAGAGUGGGAUGUUUGAAAACAUCGAUAUAAGUUUUAUCACAAUUCACCUGGAAUUUUUAAAGGAUACCAACGCUUCCUUGAGUGAGUUAGUGAAAUAGUUUAUUCAAGAACAAUCUACCCUCUCAUCAGAUUUUGGAGGCAUCAUAAAUCCUUGUGUCAAUGCACUUGAAUGUUGUGGUUGUGGAGAACUCAGUACACUCUAGUCUCUGAUAUAAUGAAGCCACCUAUAAAGCCGACAGACUCAUCAUGAACCCAGUCUAACAUGUUCAACUCAUCGAAAAAUGACAAAAAGAUAUUCUCUCAUGAGUGAGAGUAAUUACUUGCUUUACAUACUCUUAUUAUUUCACUCUUACGUUCACCUCGCGAAUGGUUAUCUGCUAUUGGUCGACGAUUCCCAACAACCCGGUGACGUCAUCUUCAACGCGUCCGUCUACCGACUAGGAUCAGACAGAUUCUACAAGAUCGACGAAAAACGAUCAGCGCCAUUCGUCGAAUCCCUGAUCCACGUGGACUCGAGAUCAGGAAAGGUCUCCCUCAUCGAAGGCCUACAAUGCAACGGACUCUACUACCCCAAUUUGUUCACCGUGCACAUCGAUUCCACUUCGACCAGGCUCAAGGACAUUGAUUACUACAGUUUGCCUCUGAGGAUUUUUAUCGUGGGCAAGGAUUGCGCCGAAUCGGCAGAAGAGGACUUGGAGUAUCUAGAAGAAGACGCGAGAGACAGGAGGAAACGCGAAUCGUGGAACCCCUUCUCCCUAGUCCACCCCUCUACCAAGCGCCGGAUCACCGAAGCGCGCCAAUGGGUCUCAGAGACGUACGCCUCCUUCGCCAUACCCACCUCAGGCAAGUGGCAGAAGAUCUGCCUGAGACAGAGCCAGUUCGUCAGCUCGAUCAGGGCGUUCCUGCCUGAGACCAUCAGCAGGUACUGCGCGGUGCAGUUCCGUUAUGUCAGCGACGAUCGCUUCGAGAUUGAGCACAGCCAAGGGGAUUUGGUGGCUAGUAGAGAUGUUUGCAUUGUGGAGCCCCUGUGGAAGGUGACGGUUUUGUUCACGGCCAGCUGCCGGAACGUGUCUGUGUUGAAUUCGGAGCACCGGCUGAAGAUCGUGUACCACCAUCAGGAGUUCAACGACACAGACGUGGCGCGGCGGGUGAGACGCGAGCUGCGCAACCAGUCGCCGUUCUUCGAGCAGCACCUGUACGUGGCCAGCGUGCUGGAAGAGUGCGAACCGCCUGUCAUCGUCGCCACGGUGAAGGCGAGAGAUCCGGAAAAUAGUCCGAUCGCCUAUUCGAUGACGAGUCUGCUGGAUUCCAGGACGCAGGCCAUGUUCGAUAUCGAUCAGAAAACAGGCGUGGUCAAGACGAAAGUGCAACUGGACAGAGAACUGGUCGACGUGCACUACUUCCGAGUGACCGCCACCGAUGACACUUUUCCGCCGCGAUCCGGCACCACCAUGCUGCAGAUCAACGUGCUGGACGCCAACGAUCAUUCGCCGGCCUUCGAAAUGGCGGAAUACGACGCCACCGUCCGAGAGUCGGUCAGCCAAGGGACGGCCGUCAUCACGUUGAAGGCCACCGAUCAGGAUAUAGGCAAAAACGCCGAGGUGCAGUACAGCGUGAGCAGCAUCAGCGGCGGCGGAACUUCGACAGAGGACGAUGACAAGCACGCCUUCAAAAUCGACCCGAAAACCGGCGUGAUAACCACUCGGACGACGUUGGACAGAGAGACGACCGAAGUUUAUACCUUGAUCGUCGUCGCCUCGGAUUUGGCUAGUCCGCAGACAGCUCGAAGGUCGUCUAGCGCCAGCGUGGUCAUACACGUAUCGGAUGACAACGACAACUAUCCCCAGUUUUCCGAAAGGACGUACGCUGUUUCGUUGAACGAGGAUAUCAACUACAAUGACAAUCCAGUUGUAGCACAUAUCAAAGCCACCGACGCCGAUCAAGGCGCCAACGCGGCCAUCAGGUACGCGAUAAUCAGCGGCAAUACGCAAUCCCAGUUCACCAUCGACAGUCUGACAGGCGAUGUGUCGCUGGUCAAGCCCCUGGACUACGAGACCAUCCGCAACUACCGGCUGGUGAUCAGGGCGCAAGACGGCGGCAGCCCUGCGCGUUCCAACACCACGCAGCUGCUGGUCAACGUCAAGGACGUCAACGAUAACGCGCCGAGGUUCUACGCGUCACUGUUCCAGGAGAGCGUCCUGGAGAACGUUCCUGUGGGCUACAGCGUAGUGAAAGUGCAGGCUUACGACGCUGACGAGGGAUCGAAUGCGGAUAUCAAGUACGCCUUGUCGGCUAGAGAUGCGACCGGGGGUAGUACCGAUGACUUGGCGCUGUCUGUGGAUGCGCACUCGGGGUGGAUUUAUACGACGAGGGAGUUGGAUAGGGAGUUGCAGCCCAAGUAUAUGUUUCAGGUUAUCGCGAGUGACCAAGGUGUACCACCGCAAUCUGCCAGUGCCAGCGUGGUAAUAUCCGUUCAGGAUGUGAACGACAAUGACCCGGUGUUCGAGCCUAAGAAUUAUGAAUCUGUGAUAGCCGAAGAUGACACACCAGGAACCCCUGUCGCCACAGUGACAGCCGUAGACCCAGACGAAGACAGCCGCCUCCACUACGAAAUCACCAAUGGCAACAUCCGUGGCCGUUUUGCCAUCACCUCUCAAAAUGGCCGAGGCCUAAUAACAGUCGCCCAGCCUCUAGAUUACAAACAAGAAAAACGCUACGUCCUCACCGUCACCGCGACAGAUUCAGGUGGACGAACCGACACGUCAACCGUCUACGUCAACGUGACGGACGCUAAUAAUUACGCACCGGUUUUCGAGAACGCCCCGUAUUCGGCUAGCGCAUUCGAAGACGUAGCUAUCGGCACGACAAUCCUAGUUGUAUCCGCGACAGACAAUGACGUGGGGCUGAACGCCCAAAUAACUUAUUCUUUAGGGGACGAAUUGAACGACCAGGGUAAAGACUCGGUGUUCGCGAUCAACCAUCAAACCGGAGCGAUAGUCACCACCAAACUCUUGGACCGCGAAACGACUUCCGGGUAUUUGCUAACAGUCACUGCUAGAGAUGGUGGUGCCCCACCCUUGUCCGACACCACUGAUGUGGAAAUCACCGUAACUGACGUUAACGACAAUUAUCCGGUGUUCAAACUAACGGCCUAUUCAGGAACGGUGCCUGAAGACGCUUUGGUUGGCACAUCGGUUGUGCAAGUGUCUGCAACCGACUCUGAUGUGGGUUUGAACGGCAAAAUUCACUACUCCCUCAGCGAAAAAGACCAGGAAGACGGGUCGUUCGUUAUAGAUCCCACUAGCGGGGUGAUACGCACUAACAAAGGCCUAGACAGAGAAUCGGUGCCUUUUUACGAACUGGAGGCCUACGCAAUCGAUCGAGGUUCCCCUACUCUCAGCAGUUCAGUGCCUGUUAGCAUUCGCAUAGAAGACGUCAACGAUUCCCCGCCGGCUUUCGAUUCGGACAAAAUCGUCCUGUAUAUCUCGGAAAACAGCCCUAUAGGGUCUACGGUCGGGGAUAUUUAUGCCAAGGAUCCAGACGAGGGCGUGAACGCCAUCGUUCAAUAUUCCAUCAUAGGUGGCGAGGACGCUCAAAGUUUUUCUUUGAUCACUAGACCAGGUUCAGAGAAAGCCGAGCUGCUCACCAUGGUCGAACUGGACUACGAGAGUCCGAAGAAGCAAUUCGAUUUGGUGGUCAGAGCUGCUAGUCCGCCAUUGAGAAGUGACGCGCACGUGGAGGUGGUGGUCACUGAUGUGAACGAUAACGCCCCGGUGCUUAAAGAUUUCCAGGUCAUGUUCAAUAAUUUCAGAGACUGUUUUCCUACUGGAUCGAUAGGUAGGAUCCCGGCUUUCGAUGCAGACGUAUCCGACAAACUGCACUACAGAAUCUUGUCGGGCAACAAUGCGAAACUAGUUGCCUUGAAUGAUAGUACUGGUCAGCUGCAGCUAUCGCCGCAGCUGAAUACGAACGUGCCUAAAAUAGCUUCGAUGGAGGUGUCUGUAACUGACGGCGUCAACGAAAUUAAGGCUAUCAUGACGCUCGCAGUUCGAUUGAUAACCGAGGAGAUGCUGUUCAAUUCGAUCACCGUACGCUUGUACCAAAUGACGAAAGAAGCCUUUCUUUCUCCCCUAUUAGGCUAUUUCAUCGACGGCCUAGCUGCUAUAAUCCCUUGUCCGAAAGAAAACAUUUUCUUAUUCAGCAUACAAGACGACACCGAUGUCGCAUCUAAAAUUCUGAACGUCAGUUUCUCCGUCAAAAGACCAGACGUGCCUAAGGAACAGUACUACUCUCCGCAGUUCCUGCAAGAAAGGGUGUACCUUAAUAGAGGCGUUUUGGCCCGCCUGGCCACCGUUCAAAUCCUGCCCUUCGAUGACAAUCUUUGCGUCAGAGAGCCCUGCUUGAACUACGAAGAGUGUCUCACCGUUCUGAAGUUUGGCAACGCCUCAGGGUUCAUAAGCAGUGACACAGUUUUGUUUAGGCCUAUUUACCCGGUGACUACGUUCACUUGCCGGUGUCCCAAGGGAUUCACAGGCUCUAAAGAGCAUUAUUUGUGCGACACGGAAGUGAACUUGUGUUAUUCGUCGCCCUGCAAGAACAACGGGACUUGUAGAGUCAGAGAGGGAGGUUACACUUGUGUAUGUCCUGCGAAUUUCACAGGGGAUAAUUGUGAGGUGCGAGUCGAAAAUGACGUUUGUAGACCGAACGUUUGUACGAAAGACAAAACGUGCAUUCCCAGGCCAGGAAGAUCGAAUUUCGUUUGCGAGGAUUGCAACAUUAUGGCCGAAUCCGAGCAUUAUACUCCGCUUUGCGAGCUGAAGAGUCGCAGUUUCACGAAAACUUCGUUCUUAACUUUCCCCAGCUUGAAACAACGACACCGCUUGCAUUUGAAGAUGAAGUUUGCUACACAAGCUCAAAACGGCCUGCUGCUCUACAACGGACGCUACAACGAACAGCACGACUUCAUAGCUCUGGAAAUCGUCGAAAAGUCGAUACAAUUCUCGUUUUCUCUGGGUAGCGAGGUGACCAAAGUCAAAGCUACCGUUCCUGGAGGCGUGUCUGACGGAAAAUGGCACACGGUAGUAGCGCAUUACUUCAACAAAACAGUAACCGUGUCUCUGGACGAUUGCGAUACCGCCUUGGCUCUAAAGCACGGGAAAGAACUCGGAGCCAAAUGGGCAUGCGCUGGCUUCGCCGAACACAGUUUGGAGCCGAGAUGCGCCUCACUAACCGAAACUUGUCACAGAUUCCUCGACCUGACUGGUCCCUUGCAACUGGGAGGAGUGCCGACAGAAGCCGGUUCGUUCCAGAUACGAAACUUCCACUACGAGGGCUGCAUAGCUCAGUUGGAAAUCGACCACAAGUUCGUGGAUUUGAAUUCGUUUGUGACUGACAACGGAACUGACCCCGGGUGCCCGGAGAAGAGAUCUUUCUGUGACUCUAGGCCGUGUAAAAACGGUGGGAAAUGUAUAGAAGGCUGGGCAAUGUACAGAUGCAUAUGUCCUCAAGGAUACGGAGAUAAGGACUGCAGCGAGACCAUCGGCACUCCGUGGCAUUUUUCCGGGGAUGGAACCCUUUCCUUCAACCCGCUUUUGCGGCCUAUUCAAUUGCCGUGGCUCAACGCGUUGUCUGUGAGGACUCUGCAGGAAGACACGUUUCUCAUGUCGAUCCAAGUGGGGCAAAAUAGCUCAGCCGUCGUGUCCUUGAAUAAGGGGCAUUUGUUGUACGCCUACAAUGGGGAGUCUUUGAUGCUGACAACGAAGUUCGUGGCUGACGGGGAAUGGCAUCACGUCGAAGUCACGUGGAUCGGUACUGAGAUCAAAUUGAGUGUGGAUUAUGGGGAGAGCUACGGGGUGUUUCCUUUCGGCGAGAAGAUUCAAGGGCUGUAUGUCGGGAAGAUCCUCAUCGGUGGACCGGACAACACUUAUUCGAGUUUGAAUGCAGGCUACAAUUAUUUGGAUGGAUGCAUCCAAGACGUGAAAAUCGGCAACCACCAGACCUCCCUCAACCGACCCACCGUCAAAGAGAACGUCGAAGACGGCUGCUUCUCCACCAACGAGUGCCACAGCGAGUGCCCCGCAUCCGCGCGAUGCGUCAUCGACUGGGGCAGAUCGCACUGCGAAUGCGACCGAGGUCACGUGGGCCCUCUCUGCGCCACGGUCUGCGCUAUGGAGCCCUGCGACAACGGCGGCGUAUGCGUCGAAGACGACCGCGCAGACUCGAAGGGGUACACGUGCGACUGCAACGGCACCGAGUACUCGGGCGAGUACUGCGAAAACAGAGAGAACCGCCCGUGCCCGUCUAGUUGGUGGGGGGAGCCGGUUUGCGGCCCUUGUUCAUGCGAUUUGGAGGCCGGAUACAAUCCCGAUUGCGAUAAGAGGACGGGUAGAUGCGAUUGCAGAGAGAACCACUAUCGGCCCGAGGCGUCCGAGCGAUGCCUGCCCUGCGACUGCUAUCACGUGGGGUCGCGGCACACGCAGUGCGAUAAGGAGACGGGACAGUGCGUGUGCAGGGAGGGGGUGAUCGGCUUGAAGUGCGACUCUUGCCCCAACGCGUAUGCCGAGGUGACUUUGAAGGGGUGCGAGGUUGUGUAUGAUGGAUGUCCCAGAACGGCCUCGAACGGCAUCUGGUGGCCGAGAACCGUCUUCGGUUCGGAAGCCGUCGAAGCUUGCCCAAAAUCGUCGCACGGGAAAGCGUCUCGAAGUUGCGACAACGAACUGGGAGGCUGGCAAGAACCGGAUAUGUUCAACUGUACAUCCGACAGAUUCGUCGAACUGCGACAGCAGCUCUCGUACAUCGAGAAAGGCGACCUCCUUCUCAACACCUUCGUGUCGAUCAAAUUGGCCCACGACCUCCACAAGGCGACCAACCUCACCGAAACCCUCUACGGCGCCGACGUCCUGGUCACCUACGAUUUGGUCAAAGAGCUGUUCAACUACGAGUUGCGAGUGCGAGGUCUCAAUCUCACCCACAGUCAAGACAAAGAUUACAUCGGGAAUAUCGUGCAAUCGAUAAGUAAAGUGUUGGAUGUGAGGUACUCGGAGCACUGGCGACGCAUCAAAGAGCUGACAGGUGACAGCUCUGAACAGCUUGUAGGUUAUGUGGAGCGGUAUAUCGGGAUAUUGUCUGCCAGUCAGCACGAUACUUAUACCAGCCCGUUCGAGAUUGUGUCGCCUAACAUGGUUAUGGGCCUGGACGUCGUCACCCCCGAAUCUCUCUACGGCUUCGAAUCCGAAUCAUCCCCGCCGUUACACCCUACUCACCUCGACUACACCACCGAGAGCAUCAUCUUACCAGACACCUCUCUCUUCCUCGAAGAAAACAAGAACCUCCACCCCGGCCCGAUGGUCGCUUUUCCCAAAUACAACAACUACUUGCUGGACAAAUCGAAGUUCGAUCAGAACACCCGGAUUUUCAUUCCCUUGAAGCUGCUCGGCAUCAAACCCCUCGAAACCGGGGAGAUCAUAACUAAAAACAGUCUGAAGGAAGAUGGCGCUGUGAUUAGUUACGCCCAGUAUAAGCAGGCCGGCCAGCUGUUGCCCAGGUCGUACGACGAGUCUGUGGUGAGGCGUUGGGGGGUGGAGGUUACAGUGGGCUCCCCCCUGAUCUCCCUCAGCGUUCUGGUGCCCGAAUACGUGGCGGAUACAGGCGGGACUACCGAGAGAGCGGUCCUGUUCAAGGACGUGAAGUUGCCUGUGGGUAAAGGCGAGGACUUUUGGAAGACGAGGAGCUCCAACGAGCCCGAGAUUCAGGAGAACGAAGCUCGGUAUUACAGGAGGAAGAGGGACCAGACGAGCACGAAACUAUCGUACAAAAGUUUGUCCGGCGUUCGAUUGUCCACGCCCGUUCGGUUGCAGAUGUGGUUGGACGCUGACAACACCGCAUUCAAUGACAGAUCGAAUCCGCAGUGCGUUCAUUGGACCUCUGUCCGAGGAUUCGGUGAGUGGUCUCGUGUUGGCUGUAUAACGGAAAUCGAGGACGACUGGUAUGACAAACAUGACGACGAACCUAUUCUUGUCAACUGUAGCUGCAACCAUUUGACAACGUUCGCAGUAUUAGUUGAUGUCGUUGACCUUGAGUAUAUUCCUGAACCAUCUCUCCUGGAGAACGUAUCGAGUUACAGUUGUUUUUCGAUAUCCUUACCGCUACUUCUAGGAACUUAUCUCAUUCUAGCUCUGAUCAGAGGCCUGCAAACUAAUUCGAAUACCAUAAGGAAAAAUUUGGUUUUGUGCGUGUUUCUUGCAGAACUGCUGUAUUUCAUUGCUUUGAAGGCUCGAAGACCCAUGGUUGGAAAUGAAUUUUCGUGCAAAUUAGUGGCCAUCGGUCUGCACUAUCUGUGGCUGGCGGCGUUUUCAUGGAUGUUGGUGGACGCCGUCCAUUUGUACAGGAUGUUGACCGAAAUGCGGGACAUCAACCACGGCCCGAUGCGGUUCUACUACAGCAUGGGCUACGUCGGUCCUGCAGUGGUCGUUAGUUUGUCGGUCGGCGUUCGUGCCCAUCAAUACGGGAAUUAUUAUUUCUGUUGGGUAUCACUUCAUGAAAGCGUGGUUUGGAGUCUGGUCGGCCCAAUUUGUCUCCUAGUCCUAAUCAACCUCUUCGUGCUUGUAUUCUCCAUCAGAGCGGCUUUCACUCUUCAAGAUCACGUACUAGGCUUCGGUAAUCUCAGGACACUCUUGUGGGUUUCUGUAAUUUCCCUCCCUUUGCUUGGAGCUACAUGGGUGCUGGCACUCUUGGACGCAUCUGAAAGACAUCCACUUUUGACGCCAUUUUUAUCUUUGGCCGUAUUGGUGCAUGCAGGAUUUUCUUUAGCUGGAUACUGUUUCGCCAACAAUAGAGUGAGACAAAAUCUUCUGAGAUCCAUACUGAGAUGCAUGGGUAAAAAAGUGCCACUGAUAGACACCACCUCUGUAGUUGGUGUUCCUAGUACCAGCAGCCAAAAUAUCAAUGCACAAUCUCGAUCUGCACUGGCAUAUCAUUCAAGCUUAGACCCAACCAGACGAAAUAUUGGAAUAUCUGCAUCGAGCACCACCUCGAGGUCUACUACUAAGACUAGUUCCAGUCCUUACAGGAGCGACACGCACCUACGGCACACUUCGACGUCCACAUCGAACUACAACUCCACCAGCGACAUGCCCUCCUACCUGCGCGGCUUCGAGCACGAAACGGCAGGAGGCGGGGGACGCAGGCACAGAGACCCGCCUCCCGAAGGCGGGGGCGGGGCCAGGGAGGAGAAGCGCGAGAGGAGGGGGCGCGAGGAGAGGAGAGACGAGAGCGACAGCGAUUCCGACGGCUCGGAGGGGAGGAGUUUGGAUUUGGCGUCGAGCCAUUCCAGUGAUGACGAGGAGUCCGGAUCGAGGAGGCAUCGGUCGAGAGGAUUGACCAACGCCAGACAAGGAUAUCUGCCGAACAUCACUGAACACGUGUCGAGAUGUGGAACACCUCCAUCGUUGAAUGUUGUCACAAAUUCUCAACUGUUUCCGGCCGUCCAAACAAAUUACGGUACGAGAUGGUCCAGUCAACUACCUGAGGCAUAUCUACCGAAUCCGAACGUACCUGAAGUCGGCCGAUGGUCCGCCGAAACGGGCUCCGACAACGAAUUCUCCCCCAAAAACAACUCCCCCAACCCGCUGCCCCCGCCCGGCGAGACCCGCCUAGGGCGGUCGGAGCAGCAGUACGCGCUCCGGUACGACGACCGCUACGGUUCGGACGCCAUCUUGGCGUACAAGGGCGGAUACGCGCCCAAGGUGGGCGGCGGGCGGCAGGACAAUUUGAACUACCAGGAGGGCGGAGAGAGACGUUGUGAGGAGGAGAUGGAGGAGAAGCAGCACGUCAGCGACAAGUAUCUGUUUCCUUAUACGGCCGAAGAAGACCACGUCACCAUCCACAACAACUAUAUGCACGCCGUGCACCCCGGAAGCCGCAUAACCUCCCCCGUCAUCAACGACAUCAAUAAUCCGGGAGGCAUGGAAUACCACCACCACCACGGCGGCUCCCACAUGGGCUCCCACAUGGGCUCCCAAGUGGGCUCGAGGAUGGGUUCGGUGAUGGGAUCGGUGCACGGAUCGAUAUGCGGGAGCAUGCGCAGUUCGCCGUCGCCUUUGAUGCCGCCGGUUUCCAUGAUGCAUACCGGUCAUCAUCCGGAUCCUCCGCAGAUCGAGGAGCAGAAUGAAGAAACUCCAGUUUGAUUAGUGAAUGACUAUGAGUAACUGUACAAAUUAUUUUAUCACCUCCAUCAAAAUACCAUAACCUGAUAUUUUCAACUUUCCUGAUAUAGUUGCUUUAGACAAAAAUCUAUGCUUUAAAGUAUGUACAACUAAGAACGUAACUUAAAAUACUCAUUUUCCGAUAAAUCAAUAUUCAAAUAAGGAUGAUUAAAUCACUUUUACAUUCCACCAUUUUCCUAUAGGCUAAGAAUAAAUAGUGAUAUUGUACUCCAAAGUCGGAUGAGAUGUGAGUCAAAAAUACUAGACUUUUGAAGAUAUGACUAUUGUAAUUUUCAUGAAAAUUCGUGAAUUGAAAAGAUUCCGAAAAUAAUUCAUGUUCUAGGGAAAUUUUAAGUGAGAAUCAUCUGCAUUAAGUUCCUUUUGGAUAGUUAACUGAUCGCCCGCCAGAUUUUCUCGGGGUUUGAGACUUAUUUGAAAAAAAUUAUUGUCACUGUCACUGACUAUCGAUAGAUUUUUUCUCUUAGGAUUUCUAACAAUAACAUUCACAUUGAAAUUAUACUCAUAUUUUUAUUUGUAUAAAUGAGGAAAGAAAUUCACAUGAAAUUCAGAGAAAUGAUUUGAAUUAUUGCUUCAAAUUUGCAGUUAUUGUUUUGACAGCUGUUUGGAUUGUAUAAGGAAGCAGAGUUCAUAUGUAUUUUGAUUCAAGAUCUCAAAUGUAGUUGACUUUGUCUAAUUUCUUCAUGAAAAAUCAUGUAUUUUGACUCGCAUCAGUUAAUUCGGUUGUCUUUCGAAAAUGUUCAUUAUUACGAUUUUUGUGGACAAUUUUGAGUUUAGUAUAGUAUCUUCAAAAAUGCCCAUCAUCAAAGUUUUCGAACACGACUCUCUCGUCUCUCUCAAGUUUCCACUAGAGCUAGUUUAAAUGAUAAUCUUUUAAAUGAGAUUAGGAAUUAUGACUAAACUAGAACAAUGUGGUCUAAAAUAUUUUGUAAUUUGGCAUAUAUGGAGGUUCUUGAAAACCACGGGAAAUUUUUUCUUAUCAAAUGUCCUCUAUAUUAUCGAAUAACUGUAACAGAACAAUCACUAAGUGUGAAUUGUGUGUUCAACAUAACAAUGGCCAGUUUAGAUUUUUUUCAGUGAUACUUUCUGCCACCUGCCACAUUCAAUAAUACAGGGUGGACCAUUUUAGAUCUAUUAUGGAUGAUAGUUCUUUCCGGAAGCCG